AUGGCUGGUGAUAAAUCAUUGAGAAGGUCGAAAGUGCCCAAGGGAAGAUGGCAGAACCUGAAACAGUCACUUUCAUCUACAUCGCAUUCGCAUUCCAAUAGCGCAUCGUCGCAGCCUCAGUCACCACGUAAAGGGUCCAGUUCGUCGGCUAGAUUGGAUCCUUUUGUUGGGUUAAACAAGCUUGAUACUCAAAAUGUGCCGCCUCUUCCCAAAAUACAACAAGGAAAAAUCUCGGAUCUGCAAAAUCCUCAGAAGCAGAUCCGAAAACCGGCUUCCUCAUCCUCCGCCGGAGGGAUCAACCGGAGAUUUUCCGUGAAGAUGAAAGAUGAUUCAAGGCCAGAUUUCUCGAACGGAUCGGGAAUGCCUAGUCUUCCUCCUAAUUCCAAGUCCUUGAUCAGUUCCAGUCAGGCUGGGAACCAGAAGCAGCAGCAGAAGCAGCAGAAGCAGCAGAUUGCUCCUCCGAAGAUGGGAAUGAACCUGGUGGACGAUAUUAAGAACCCAAAUUAUGAAGCCGAGAAGUACAUUCGGUUGACUUUGAAGAACUCGAGUGCCUCUAAAAUUGAUGAAUUUGUGAGUACUCUGCAAUCUUUGGAACAUAGCAAUAAUAGAGAGAUGAAAGAGAACGUUCACAGUUCUUUGGUGAGUAUUGUGAAGGUGGGUGAUGAUUUACACAACACUGAGCUUGCAAUAAAGAGUCUCAGGCUGGACAUGAACAGGAUGGGUGAUAUAAUUUCGCAAAUGCGGGAGAUUGCAGAGUUGAGACUGUCACAGGAAGAGGAGAAACGAGGUUCCCCUAUGAAGCAACAGCACCAGCUUCCAUCCAAGAAGACACGCGAUAGAAACUCGGUGAUGCUUUUGGGCAAAAUGUGGGGAAAUGAAAUGAGCAGACUAUUUAAGAACGUGGAGGGCUCUCAGAAAUUUUUGGGCUCGGCUGCGGGAAAGCACAUACUGUACCAAUCGAGCUCAUGGGUGGAACUAAACAGUGCCACAUGGAGACCGAUUCAAGAAUCGCACAUAUUUGUUCUGAAUGAUCACAUUUUGACGGCAACUCCGAAGAAACGAAAGGCUGGUCCUGAUGACCAAAGUCUCGUGGCUACGCAUUGUUGGCCGAUGAGAGAUGUGGCCUUGUUUGAUGAAAAGAGAGAGAAGAAGUAUGUCAUUCGCCUCAAGACAUCUCAGGCAUUAGACUUCUACUACCAGACAGAUCGGAUGGAUCAGUUCAUUCGUGUAUGUUCUUCUAUAAGACAGGCCAAGGAUGAUCUCCAGAUAGUGGAAGACGAAAGUUCAAGAUCCAGAGAGAUCAAGUCAAUGUCGCGACUCUCACAGCGCCAUUCCAUACAGGAAAUCGAAAAGAACAUGCAUCGCAGAUCUCGAUCUGUGGAUACCCCGGAUACCAAGAAGGAGCCCAGUUUGGAUUUCUCGCGAGUGGACGAGGGCUUGUCUGAGUUGGAUGUGUUGAUGACUCAUCACAGGCAUGUGGAGUCUGUGGGGAUGAUAAAGUUCCUCGCAAACAAGAUAGAUGAGUUUGUGAAGAAGGCAGACCAAUCAGACUUCACGGUUUUGAUGUCGCUGGAGUCCAAGAGGUCCAAACUGGCAAAGUGCAAGGAGAUUUUGCUUUCACAUCUAGAAACUGAGGUGAAGAAUCCGCGGAUAUCCACUGAGGAUCUCAAGAACCAUAUGGGGCUUUUCAUCAAACUGGAUGAACUAGAUAAGGCAUGGAAUAUGCUGCUGACUAGUCGCGAUGUGCAGGUGGACUCUCUGCUGAGAAAGCUAAAGUUCCAGGGAGAUAUCCCUCUUUACAUAACACAGUGCGCUCUGAUUAGGUUUCAGAUUCUGAGGACGACAGCGGACUUGUUUAUGCAAUGUUUUGAUGAGAGUAAUUACAUACAUUUGGUGUCAUGGUGUCAUCUGGAAGUUCGAAAGCAUUUUGACAUUAUGAGGAAACAACUGCACGGGGUCAAUGCUAAAUCGCAAAGUUACAGGAAGUGCGUUGAUGUGACCGCAACUCAUGUGGAAAGCUUAAAGCAAUUCGGUAUUGAUGUUACAUUUUUGAUAGGUGAAUUUGCCGCCUAG